AACGUGCUUGGGGGUUUCUCCGUUAGGGUUUAUGAGAGAGAGUGAGUUCUGUGAUUUCGUGUGGUUCUCUCUCGCACUCUUUCUCUACUUCAAUGGUCGAUUUAUAAAAGUUCUUCCUUCACUCUCAGAAACGUAUUAGCUUCUUCGAUUCACUCUCGGCAGCCUUUUCUCUCACUCUCGUUCUCUCGCUCUCUCAUCUGUGUGUGUGUGUGUGUGUGUCGCGACCGGCAAUCGGCAGUGCGCGGCCGCCGGCGGCUGCAACACCUUCGGCAAGGAGCAGAGUAGCCUCUCAUCUCUCUCACUCGUUAAGAUUUUCAAAUUGGAAAGUGGAAAGCUUUUCUUUCAACACAACGAGGAAAAGAAAGUUUGCGAAAAAGUAACCAGGAGCUCUUUUGAUGUGGUAAGGAUGUCAAUAGUCGUAGAAAAAGCAGCGGAAGAAGGGGCUGUGAUAGUUGAAGAAAUUGAAGAUGAAGAAGAAGAGGAAGACCUUUCAUGGUCAUCAGACUCUGAAAUUGGAGACGUGUUGGACUACUUGGACUCCAAGGAUGAUGAUGAAGCCGUAGAGGGAGCUUUUACUCUCCAAACAAGGCGUCCCAAUGCUCAUGGAGGACUUCAUUCUCGCCCCAAUACAUCUUCGCUUCAGCCUCUCUCAAAUCGGAACCAAAAGUUCUCAAAUCACAUCAGAGCUUCUCCUUUAGAGGAGUGGGAGGGGAGGCUGGAUGUGGGCAUGUCUAACUCUGUGACAACUGCAAUUCGUGGAAGUGUUCGGGAGAUGGCCAUUGGUAAAACUAGAACUACAGAGAAAGCAGACCGUGCAACCGUUGAGCAGGCAAUUGAUCCUAGAACUCGCAUGGUCUUAUUCAAAAUGCUAAAUCGUGGAGUAUUUCAUGAUAUGAAUGGAUGCAUUUCAACUGGGAAAGAAGCAAAUGUAUAUCAUGCUACGAAGUCUGAUGGUCAGGAACUGGCAAUUAAAGUGUACAAAACUUCUGUUCUUGUAUUCAAGGACAGAGAUCGGUAUGUACAAGGUGAUUACCGUUUCAGACAUGGGUACUGCAGGCACAAUCCCAGGAAGAUGGUUAAGACAUGGGCUGAGAAAGAAAUGCGGAACCUUAUGAG